UAGAAGUGACCGUGUGAAACGCACUGUUUGUGCCGCAACUAGUGUAAUGCGGGUUUUAGCUAACUUGUGCUGUUUUUUGCGCUAUAUUCCCAGUGUGAGAGGUAUGUGUGUGGAUGAGAGGCAGACCAACAGUAAAAUACCAUUUCUUCUAUCAGGAAGUUGUAUGAAAGCUGGUGUGUGGGAAUGGGACAGUUGGAGGUUCAGGCUAUUGUGUGGAGAGACAAGAGAGUCUUGGACUUUUAUUGGUGGGAAAACGAUGGCCAACUCGGGUAUCCAGCUGUUGGGAUUUGCCCUGUCGCUCAUCGGUAUUAUUGGACUGAUAAUCGGGACUAUUCUGCCCCAGUGGAAGAUGUCAGCCUACAUCGGUGACAACAUCAUCACAGCGGUGGCCAUGUACCAGGGACUAUGGAUGUCAUGCGCUUUCCAAAGUACCGGGCAGCUCCAGUGCAAAAUCUACGACUCCAUUCUGCAACUUGACAGUUCCCUCCAGGCCACCCGUGCCUUGAUGAUAGUGGGCAUCAUUGUGUCCAUCGCCGGGCUGGGCGUGGCCUGCAUGGGAAUGAAGUGCACCACCUGUGGAGGCGGCGACAAAGUACGAAAGUCCCGCAUCGCCAUGAGCGGAGGCAUCAUCCUGCUAGUGGGAGGGCUGUGUGCGAUAGUCGCAUGCUCCUGGUUUGCUCACAAUGUCAUCCGGGCUUUCUAUAACCCUUACACUCCUGUCAACACCAAGUUUGAGUUUGGCGCUGCCAUCUUCAUCGCGUGGGGCGGCUCUCUCCUGGAUGUCCUGGGCGGGGCCAUGCUGGCGGCUUCCUGUCCACAGAGGAAGCAGGUGUCAAAGUAUCCAUCCAUGGCCAGCGCCCGCUCCGGCCCACCUAGCAGCACCAAGGAAUACGUGUGAGAGCACCCCCUGCUGCUUAGGACUCCAACUGAAGCGAACCAAGAAGUUCCCCCCUUGUGAAAGCACGAAUGACAAGUAAAAUUGAAGCUAUGUGGGCGGUUAAGAAUCAAAGGGGAUUUUCUUUAUUUUCCCCCCCAGAUAGCCCUCUGAAUCCCCCUGAUUAUCAUGCCGUACUCUACAAUUGUUUCUUGAAUGUCUCUCACCCCGUCCAAACAUUCCACAAUUGUUUACAAGUAGUCUUCACAAAUACAUUAUAAUUGGAUGUUGCCUUAAUGGACAGGGCCUUAUGGUGUAACCUCUUGAACUGGAGCCAAAAUGGUGGAUUAUGGACAGCACUUGCACCUCCAUGUUAAAUCUGCUACCUAUUAGCGUUUCCCAUGUAAUUGAAAGUAAUCAAUUCCAGUUUUCGGAUCCUCCCGUGGCCUCGGAGGUCCUGUACAACACAGUGGGAUACACAGAGUGCCAAUAUAGUGUUUUAUAUUAACUGUGCGUGGUUCUAAAAUAAGAUCUUACGAUAAGCUGGGUGUGACUUAACACACAGGGCUGACUGUAUAUGGUGACUGUACACACUGGCCUUUUACUACACCACUCACAACAGGACUGGCAGUUCUUCAUACCAGUCUGUUACAAACCCUGCUCAGAUAUGAAAUACUUUAUGAUGUAGUCACCACGCCAUUAUCGCUAUAGUAGAUUCAACACCAGCCACACUACGAGAUCCACUUUCAAACUGCUUUUAUUUAUGUGGUUGUACUUAGGAUGACGUUUUUUUUUUUUUUUUGUUCCUGUGUUGAUUAGCAGAAGUGGUAGUUUAUCAGGGCCCAGUUUUAGCUUUGAGAGAUUUGACUUUUCAUGAAGUUACCUUUUUAUGAAGUCAUAUAAAAAAUGUUUUAUGCUCCAAACAGUGCCUGUGAUAUUUUUUUUUUAAAAUGCCAUUGUUUCAUACACUUCUUCAUGCACAUCUACUCAUUUAUGAUGAAAUGACCUGUUUCACUGCACAUUUGAUGCAAGACGUUUUUUUUUUUUUUUUUUUAAACACA